CCCCUGGCAUCCCCCCUCGCUCUCCCCUAAUUCCUCCUCUUCCCUUCUACACCCCGCAAAAUACUCGGCCCGUAACCCAUCUAGUCGAUGUCGACUCAUUCUCAAUACGAACGCCAUGCGGUGCGAACCGUUAAGUGAUACGAGCUAGGUACCCUCGGACGUACCCCGUGCCCGAAAAUCUAGACGAUUCUUCGGCGUGAAGCGAAUCGACGCGACCGAAAGUUUGAAAGAUUUUUCGAACCGAGAUCCGAGAUCGACGAACAUUCGCGGUGUGCAGAGUGAUCGCGAGUGACGAGUUGUUUGUUUUUUUUUUUGUUGAAAAGUAAAGAUUUUUUUCCUCAAAUAUCGUCGAAAGUGUGAGUUUCCUGGAUUCGCUGAAAUAAUUUAAUUGGCUCGUGGGAUCCGUUGGGUGCCACAAGAUUCCGCGCUAAAAGUUGAUAAACGAGCUCGUAGCUGGACAUAAAGAAAGUGCGCGUGUGUAUCAAGUUGACAACCGUUGGAAUAGAUGGUGACCUCAUGCUUUACUUAAGCGACGACACAACGAGACAAUUAGAGUGUAGUUUAGGACACCGAGCUAAGAAGAUGUGUUUGAAUCGUUUGUGAACCCAUAGAGGCAACGAACUUGGCGCGCGGUCUUCCUAUGUGAACUCCGACGACAUUCUACCCCUUUUUUGUUUUUUUUUUUUUUCUUACUUUAAUUUUCCACCCUUAUUUUGAAUUUUCCAAUUUCAUUACAUCACACUGCCCGGAUUCGUCGGUAUUUUUUUUAAAUUUUUAAAUAAGAUUGAAAUCGAACUCCGUCCGAUAAACACCGCAGCCAUCGCAGCGAAUGCAAGUAAAAAAGAAAAAACCUAAUUGUACUUUUAAAAUCUUUUUUAAACCAGAAAACAAAGUGUGAAACAAACUGUCGAGAUGACAACGAUGGGUGUCACGGUAUUUUGCAACCGAGUACAAAUAAACGGCAGUGAUCAGGAACAGUUGAUGUUAUUGAGGACUCUGCAGGAUAACGAGACGAACAUAUUGAGUAAUCAGCCGCACAUAAUCGUACCGAAGAAUAGCAGCAACGGUUCAAGUUCGUCGGUUUUACCGCCCUACGAUCCGUCCAGAUUGAAAAAACACGGGAAAAAUGGUCAGCCACCCCCGGUCGCCGUGGCGAGGAGGAACGCGAGGGAAAGAAAUCGCGUCAAACAGGUUAACAACGGUUUCGCAACCCUCCGACAACACAUACCUGGUCACAUAGCAGCCGGCUACGGCGACAGGGGUAAAAAAUUGUCCAAAGUUGAAACCCUCCGCAUGGCGGUCGAGUACAUCCGAGGACUUCAACGACUGCUCGCGGAAGCGGACGGACUCGAGUACGACCCGAACGCCGGUAUGGGACAAAACGUGCCGUCGCCGACCAGCAGCGUGAUAUCUUCCAGUCACAACGGAUCCGGCGAAAGACUUGUUUUGGACGACGAGCCGGAGGACGAGGACGUCAAACCGCCGCCCUGUCUGAGGUUGUCGCCGAUGGUCGAAUCGCCGGCGCGAGAAUUUUACCCCGCUUCCGUCGGUGACGAGGAGAACCUGGAGCCGUUGGACGCCUCGAGGGUCCUGGUGCCUCCGAGUCACCAGGUCUUCUCCCGCCUCUCGCCGACCUCCGUAUCCUCGCCCUGCGAGUAUUACGCCCAAAACGAGGAGAACCUCGAGCCGAGGGUGCCGCUCUCGCCCUACAGCGGCGCGGGCGACAGCGAGGAGGGUGGCACCGUUUACGCGGCUAGCCCAGAAGCUUUUUCCGGUGCUCUUUACUACAAACAGGAAAUGCCGGGCGCCGGUGACGUUAUGGACGUCGUUAGCUGGUGGGAACAGGAACAGGGACGCCUCAAUCAACACGCGCAGCAUCUCACGCACGCGUGAAUUCGUAAUCAAGUUGUCGGAGUAUCGUCCCUAUCGUCGUUCACCUGAUUUGCAAGAGCCGAUGAUGUUCAAAGGAUGAGAAAUCAGCAACGAAGGAGAAAAUGUAAAAUCAUCGCACGAUCUCAGAAUAAUUUCUCAUACUUCGCGGUAACUCGAAAUGUAUUGAGAAAAGUAUUUUAAUUUAAAUUAGUUGCAACAAUAAUUUAUAGACGAUUUAUCAUUAUUACUAUUAUUAUUACUAUUAUUAUCAUUAUCAUUUUUAUUAUUUCCCACCCCCGAUCAGUGUAAUCGUAUCCAAGGCUGCGAGUGUAGAUAGUCCGUAUAAUACUUGGAGUGCGUACUUAUAAAAGUUAUAAAUUAGUUAUGCGAAAUUUUGAGAAAAAAAGAAAAAAGAAAAUAGAAAGAGAAGAGAAAAAGUUCAGUUGCUACGAUAAAAACAUAAUUUUUUAUACAACAUUUAUAUUGAUAGUUAUCAUGUUCAAGUUAUUAACGAUAUCCUGUAAAUAUUAUUACGAACUCCCAAGUGCCUAUAGCUUACUAGUCUCGUAAGAUAUACGUCGGUGAGAAAUUAUCUGAAGUAAAAGGAAAAAGAACCGAAAAAAUUGACGAAAAAAAAAAGACAAAAAAAAAACCAUGAUAUUACAAUUAAGUUUUCAUGUACCUAUUUUAAUAUACAGAUAUAUGUUAGCAUAUAGAGAUGUGUUGACGGAAGAGGUUGAAGGAGAGAGAGAGAGAAGAAAGAAAGAAAGAAAAUGAAAUAAGUAUGAAAAAUAUGAUUAAUCAUUAAGCUACGAUAUUAAAAUAUUAUUCGCCUGGCAUUCCGACUAUUGAAGGCGAGCUAUCGAAUGGUCGAAAAUAUGAAUACGAUUCAUGGCGGAUUUAUUACACGAAAUAGACGGUGAUUAAUUAUUUGAAUGGAAUUUUUAUAAUUAAAUAAUUAAUGCAUCGAUCGACUUCGUUUGUUGAGGCGAGGUGAUACGAAUCGCAGUGAGAGUCACGGAAAAUUAGGUGUAUGAAUAACGAACGAAUUAUUUAGCGGACAUCUUAUAACCGUGGUUCUCACCGUCGUCGACGAAGAGUUAUAGAUCAUAGUUUCAUAUAUUAUAUACGAGGAAAAAAGAAAAGAAUCAAAACAGUGUAAAUACCAGUGCCUUAAUUAAGACAAUACCUAACGUACACCUAAGUAUACAUAUAUAAAACUAAGACUAUUUUGUACUUGAUAUUUUUUUUAUGGGAUAUUUAAAAUACAUGAUAAUUAUUUAUGAAAUCACUCGGUUGAAUUUUCUACGAACGUAAGCGUGCGAUUGGGUUAUUAGCCCAAGACUCCCCCCUAGUUACCUCGUGUAAAAUGAAAAACCGUUGCUUUUGAUCGUAUAUCGCUGAUUUUGAUACCCGGCUCAAGUGACUCACGACGACGAGCUGGUGGUGUAGUGGCGCAGGACAGGUAAUGGGUUGUUCUUUUUCACCGGCGACAGGGGAGCCGGAAAUAAGCGCGGGCCGGAAAUGACGUGGGCAACCCCCGCGUAGAACGUGCCCGGAAACCGACCCUCGAGACGGACGAUAAAAAAAUACAACACAACAAAAAAAGGAGGGCACUCGCGAGCGCUCAGGCGAAACCAAUUCAACGAAAUUACAAAAUUACCGACCCGCCACGAACCCUCGAUACGCGUAUUUCUUUCGAUCGUUGUUAUUAUUAUGACCCGCGGAACCCUUCAGAAUCCCGAAAGUUUUGGGAGAAUAUCGUUACCAUGAAAUAUAAUGAAUUGGAAAGUAUCGGUGCGAUCACCCCCGAGUUGAAAUUAUUCUGAAAAAGGAUAUCGGCUUUUACUUACUUUCACACAGAAUAAUACGUACUCGAAUGCAACCCCUCCGUGCCAGUUUAAAAACCCCCCACCGAUGGCACCACCUCCCCAAUAGUAACUCAACGUGAGAUUUUCAAUUUCUUUAAAGUUCCUAAGACCUUCACCUCAGGAUUUUUCGAUUUUGAGCCUCCGACGCGGAGAAUGAAUUUCGCCCAAGGUGAAUUCCAGGGGAAAGGAUCACGUGUUUUCUAAGCUGAAUGAAGAGACCGUCCCGGAGUCACGGAUCCGAAUGGAGUGCAAAACGAAAAAUAGGCAACCGAGCGCACAAAUACGUAGGUGAACGUUCCGAGAGUACGAAGUCCAGGGGCGUUGUAGAACCAUAGCCGAUAUAGGGCGGGAAUCGUCGAAAUCGGCCCUGACUGUUUCUCCCACGCGAUCGAAACAUUAUGGAAAGGUCAUAUUCGUCGGUCGCAUUUGACGCGCUGCACAAUGCAUUAAGAUGCAAAUAAGAACGGUAUUCACAACUCAGCGUAUAACCAGGCCGCGGUGUCGAUGUGUUUGCAAAAUUUGUAUUUACUUACGUUGCAUCCGAUUAUAACUCCUGUUUAAUUAAUCAACACGUGAAAAUGCGAUGUCCAGUGGAAAAAUAAUCGUCAUAAUUUCAUCGGCAAAAUUUAUAUAAGAUUCCACCGAUAAUCGUUUUCUCUUGCAUUGUUUUCUCUGCACUGGUCUCGCGAAGUCGACGCGAGAAAUACUCACUGGUCACCUCUGAUUCUCACCCCGUCCGCUGAUCGUCGAGGACUAUUUCGAAGGUCGAGUCCGCCGAAUUCUUCUCAAGUGUCAAAUUGUUUCUCGAUCGUUUUCGCCCCACCGAUUUCGUCGAUUUUCAUCCCUGAUUAUAAUUUUU